UUCACAAACACGCUCUUUUGACAAACAUGGCCACCGUUGCGACAGCUAUAAGCAACCUGGGACAGAACAUCUCUUCGUUCGAGAGCCCAGUGUUACACUCACUUCAGGAAUCCCUUACAUUAGAGGGAAUUGUUGAUUUUAUCAAGACUUUAUCAUGGUGGAAAGUUUUAUUUACAUUCGUUGCUGUUGGGUUAGUUUAUGAUCAAGUUGCCUACCAAUGGAGAAAAGGUUCUAUUGCUGGUCCUCGUUUCAAAGUCUGGCCUAUUAUUGGUCCAUUUUUGGAAAGUUUAGAUCCAAAAUUUGAAGAAUAUAAGGCAAAAUGGGAUUCUGGUCCAUUAUCUUGUGUUUCUAUUUUCCAUAAAUUCGUUGUCAUUGCAAGUUCAAGGGAUUUGGCUAGAAAGAUUUUCCAAAGUCCAGCUUAUGUUAAACCUUGUGUUGUUGAUGUCGCUGUUAAGAUUUUGAGACCUGAAAAUUGGGUUUUCCUUGAUGGUAAAGCUCAUGUUGAUUAUAGAAAAUCUUUGAAUGGGUUAUUCACAAAGCAAGCUUUAAGUACUUAUUUACCAACUCAAGAAGUUGUUAUGGAUAAAUAUUUGAAACAUUUUAAUGACAUUUCAAAAGAUGGUCCACAAGUGUUUUUCCAUGAAUUGAGAGAAAUGAUGUGUGGGUUAUCAUUAAAAGCUUUUUGUGGUGAUUAUAUUACUGAAGAUCAAAUUAAAAAAGUUGCUGAUGAUUAUUAUUUAGUUACCGCUGCUUUAGAAUUGGUUAAUUUCCCAGUCAUUAUCCCAUUUACUAAAACUUGGUAUGGUAAGAAAACUGCUGAUAUGACUAUGAAAAUUUUCGCUGAAUGUGCUGCUGAAGCAAAGAAAUAUAUCAAGAAUGGUGGUAAACCAACUUGUGUUAUGGAUGCUUGGAUUAAUUUGAUGGAGGAAGCUAAAAAGGGUAAAUCUGAUAAUCCAGAUGCUAAAUUAUUACACAGAGAAUUCAGUAAUAAAGAAAUUUCAGAAGCUAUUUUCACAUUUUUAUUUGCCUCACAAGAUGCUUCAUCUUCAUUAGCUUGUUGGUUAUUCCAAAUUGUUGCUGAUAGACCAGAUGUUGCUGAAAAGAUUAGAAAAGAACAAUUGGAGGUUCGUAAUAAUGAUCCAAAUGCUCCAUUAACUUCAGAAAUGAUUGAUAAGAUGACUUAUACCAACAUGGUUGUUAGAGAAACUUUACGUUAUAGACCUCCAGUCAUUAUGGUUCCAUAUGUUGUUAAGAAAUCUUUCCCAGUUAAUGAAACUUAUUCCGCUCCAAAAGGUUCCAUGGUUAUUCCAACUUUAUACCCUGCAUUACAUGAUCCAGAAGUUUAUGAAGAUCCAGAAGAAUUCAUUCCAGAACGUUGGGUUGAAGGUUCUAAAGCUUCAGAAGCUAAAAAGAAUUGGUUAGUCUUUGGUACUGGUCCUCAUGUUUGUUUAGGUCAAACUUAUGUCUUUAUGACAUUUACUGCAUUAUUGGGUAAAGCUAUUUUAUUCAACGACUUGGAACAUAAAGUCACUCCAUUAUCUGAAGUUAUCAAGGUCUUUGCCACUAUUUUCCCAAAAGAUGAUUUAUUAUUAGCAUUCAACAAAAGAGAUCCAUUUACUCCAGUUCAAACUGCUGUUUCUCAUUAAUGAAAUUAUGCUUAAUCAGAUUGGAAAUUUUGGUUAGUUGUUAAUUUUUUUUGUACAUUUACUAUUCUGUAUAACACAUUUUUUUUUCACAGACAUACACUUAUAUACUCUUUUUUCUACAACAUCAUUUAUUUAUAAACAUUUUAUGGUCUGGUACGUCUUGG